GCUGAGGGGCGGAGCUAGCGGCGAUGGUGGGAGAAGCCACAAAAUGGCGGCGAGGUAAACAAUCCUUGGAGGGAAUUGUUCUGGGAAGGAGCAAGCACUGAACCUCAGUUGAUGGCAAAAGAGCAUCCAGUGAAAGUGGAAGACAGAGAUGUGGAGUGGUUUAUUACCUCCUGGUCUGAAUGAAAGUGAUGUUGACACAAGUUCUGAUGAGGAGCAAACAUUGGAUGGUCCUGGGCCUAUCUUAAAGAAGGAAAGGGAACAAAAGGAUUUCAAAUGCUGUCAGAUUGAGAAACUUGAGUCUGAGAAACCUGAAGAUGUCACAGAAAACAAAUCUGCUUCUGCAGCAGUGGCAGAUGAAGUACAGGAAUCUCAAGCAUGUCCUUCUGGAGUUUCUUUAGAUAUGUGGAAUAAAUUUCAGAGCCUGCAAAAGAAAAACUUUGAAAUGAAAAUCCAAGUAAAAAAUCAGAGAGACAAGGGACAAAAGAGAAAGCGUUCCAGAAAAGCUAAAUUGAAAGAAAGCAGUCAAGAAAUAACUGAAAGUCAGCAACCCAUAAAGGAAAACCAGUUGAAGGAGCUAACUCAGUAUUUUGGAAUCAAUGACAGGUUUAAGCCACUUGCAAGCAAGGAAGCCCUUCCAAAGUCCGGUCUUGAAAUCAGCAUAGAUAGAUCUUUGGCUGAAGGAGACAUUGAACAAGCUGAGGAAUUAAGUGAUAGAUUAGCUACUCGAGAGCUUGGUGUAAAAAUUGCCAAAGCAGUAGCUUGCCGAAAUUUUGUGAAAGGAAAACAAGAUGCAGAGGCUUCUCUAGAAGCCCGAAAGAAAAAGAAGCUUGCUUGGGGGUUUGAAGCCAAGAAAAGAUGGGAAACAAAAAGCAACAUGGGAUACAUGUAGUCAGUUGUGCCUUGGAAGGGGGAAAUAUUUUAAAACUAAGGGGUUUGUUAAUACUGAAGAUACAUAAAUUAUAUUUUCAUUGGGUUUUUUUUAUGUGCAUUCUUUGUGGAGCUAGUGAAUUACUGUGGAAUAAUUCAGGUUUCCAUUCCAUACUUUGUUAGGUACCCCUAGUAUAUGUCAAAUAUUCUACAUUUCACCCUUAACAUUUCCCCAGCAUAUUCCCAUUGCUGUGCCUGAGGAUUUAAUGUUUCUUGUUUUUCAUGGAACUGCUAAGAAUAUAAUUGGGGAGGUAGAAUCUUUUUGUGAAUUUAAUUAAUUAUUUCUCACCAUCAAAAUCAGUUUCCCCUGAAAACAAAAUACACUAUUUGCAAUAUUUAUAUUAUUAUUAAGACAGGUAAUGAUAAUAUUUCCUCAAAGCAAAAACAGCAAGUAAAUUAGCCUUGUUUUCACCAAAGCUUCUACAAAUGUCUGCUACCUGGGUGAGAGUUAAAAUAGUACACUUCACUUACUGUAAAGCAAAAUGAAAUAUUUGAGGCACAAGGAAUGAUUUUAACGUAAUGGUGAUUUAUUAUAUUUGAGUACUGUGAACUAAAUAUUUUUGGCAAAGAAAUAGUAAUUUCAGGGUUUAUGACAAGUUCUAAGUCUUCCAUCUUGAUAUCAAAUGGUUCAUUCUUGUUUUGUAGCCCAAAGGAUGUUUGAUUCUGCUCUCCUCAUGUAACGCUAUAUUUCACAAAGAUGAGAGUUUGCAAUACAGUAAUCUAAAGUCAACUGUAAUUAGUUAUAUUGACAGCUAAAUAUACAGCAAAGUCUUUAAAUCACUGGCUGAACAGGCUUCUACCACACAGCACCAUAAAUCUACAAAUCUUUAUUCUGUACACAGAGACUAUUCAGGGAGAGGGGUUUUUUCCCUGUAGAAAAGAGGAAGACAAGUAUUGUCUAGCCUCAUAAUGUCAAAUAUGUAUAUGUUUGUGCAAUAUUAUUAUUAUUAUCAUAAAAGACAAUGGAUGUAUUAGUUUCCUUUCUUAUAGUAAUAACAUAUUAUCCAAAUAGUGGGGGGUUUUUUCACAAAUUUUCAUAGCCAUUCCUAAGAAGAGGGAUCCAUUUCCCCCUACUGGUUUUCUAAGGUUUAGGCUUGUCAAGGUGCUGUGCACCUUUUGUGUGUGUGUUUGCGUGUGUGUAUGUGUUCAGUAGACCUAGUAGCUGCUUGCAGGGGUUUGUAUUGGCUCAGGGACAUGGCCAAUGCGUUAAUGUUGGUUAGAAAUAGUAGAAUUCACCAAUUAAAUUAGAAUUCAGAGACAUGAGGCCUGAACAUGCAGGCAGGAUACGAUGGGCCAAACCUGUCGUAUCCUGCCCAUGGAUCCAGCCCAUUCCCACCUUUUGCAAAAACCUGAUCAAUUGUCCAGUGGAAUUUAGAUGACUGACCACUACUGCACCAUGGAGCCGCUUGCCACUGCCUUGCCCGUCACUGACAUUCUAUUUGCAGGCUCCUGCAGUGACCCAUAAGGGUAGAAAUGGGGCUUCUGGCUUCACCCACAUGACCAGGCAGCCCCUUCCAAUAUCACAGGUCACAACUGAGGUCUGCAUGUACAGCGGCAUGGGCAGGUAGGAGGGUAUAUGGCCAUCUGGUCUACCUGGGAGACUCUAUUGCACAUCCAGUCCGCUUGCCCCUCACCUGGGGCUCUUGGCCUGCAUCAACUAAACCGGACAGUGCCAGGCCGGGGGGGGGGGGGGGCAGGUUAGUCUGAAAUAUCAGUAGGCAAAGGGAUCUUGUAGCACCUUCUAGACGAAUUGAGCAGAAGACAUUGUAGCAUAAGCUUUCAUAGACUGAGGAUGUAGACCAAGUCUACAAAAGCAUAUGCUACAAUAUCUUUCACUCAGUUAGUCUCAAAGGUUCUACAAGAACCCUUUGUUUACCAGUUGGAGGAAUUGCGUGGGUAGCUCAGAUGUAUACUGCUGCUGCUCCUAUCAGCCUACAUGAACAAGGAUGGAGUUAUUCCAUUAAAGCAGAAAGUUGAAACUUAAAUUCAUAAAUAGGUUACCUCAAUUUGGCAAAGAUGCAUUAAGAUUUUGCUUCAUUGAACUUCGAGCACAAGAUAGUAUACGCCCACUGUUGUUUUUCCCUGGUGGACAUAAGAGGUCAGUUUACCUAUGGUUGACCACUAGCCAAAAAGAGUAUGUUGCAACGAAAUACUUUAAAUUGCUAAUACAUUACAUACUUGAGAUUCAAAUUAUAGGUGCUGGAGGGACAGCAACAGAAUACCGUCAUGUUAUACGUAAACUAGUGUGCAGGAAAAAACAACAACAGAAGAGGCUGAAUGUUUUACUGAAAUUCCCCAUAAUCCCCUCCUUCAAACCCAAAGUUCUAAACCGACUUCCAAGGCCAUCUCUGACAUAAUCUCACAAAGAAAGAUGAAGUUCUUCCCUGACAAAUGGAAUGACAGAUGGCUUGUCUUGUUUCCUGUGCAAAUGUUCAGUCUCCCAUGAAGCGUGUGGAAAAGGUGAAUAAAUUUAGUAAACAUUGCUUUUGUAUUGAUUGCUGUUGUAACUGACAUGUUCCUUAUUGCUCUGCUGCUAAGGUGUUGCCUGUUGUAUAACUAUAACAAAAGCCUUACAGAUUUUGUGAAUCAUGUAAUUACAGACUUUAUAAUUUA